UCAAAAAAAAGCUAAAAAUAUUCGACCUUUGAUAAAAUCUAAAUAAACAUAGGAAUGUUUUGUCACUUUGCUAUUUUGGAAAGAAACAUCUUUUCGAUUACUUAAAAUAAAAUCAUAUUAUAAUAUUACACAAUCUUUGAUAUAGAUAACGUAAUAUAUUAAAGAUGAUCAAUAGAUUGGGUUAUCUUGUUCACAGCAUAAAAACCAAUGGUUUAGGUAGUCGUCAAUUAAAACGAUCGACCACAUGGAAUUUAAAAAUGUUAUUCUCAACUGAUACCAAAUCAAAAAAAUCAAAAAUAUAUUCAGCUUCAGAAGCUAUCCAAGAUAUUCCAGGUAAUAGUAAAUUAUUGAUAGGUGGAUUUGGUUUAUGUGGUCUCCCAGAAAAUCUAAUAAACGCGAUUAAAACACACUCAUCUGGAAAUUAUACAAUAAUAUCUAGUAAUGCGGGUGUUGAUGAUUUUGGGUUAGGAAUAUUGUUAAAAGAACGAAAAGUAAAACGGGUUAUUGCUUCAUACGUCGGUGAAAAUGCCGAAUUCGAACGUCAAUUUUUAGCUGGUGAGUUAGAAGUUGAAUUAACACCCCAAGGAACAUUAGCCGAAAGAAUACGAGCUGGAGGGGCUGGAAUUCCAGCAUUUUUUACUCCAACUGGUUAUGGAACUUUGGUUCAAAAAGGUGGAAUUCCUAUUAAAUAUGGAAGUGGUGGUAAAAUUGAUAUAGCUAGUAACCCAAAAGAAGAGAAAAGUUUUAAUGGAAGAAAUUAUGUUAUGGAGGAAGCUAUUAUUGGAGAUUAUGCUUUAAUUAAAGCUUUGAAAGCUGAUACUGUAGGCAAUUUAAUUUUUAGUAAAUCAAGUCGUAAUUUUAAUGCGCCAAUGGGACGAGCAGGAAAAAUUACAAUAGCAGAAGUAGAAGAAAUCGUCGAAUGUGGACAAAUAAACCCAGAUGAUGUUCAUCUUCCAGGAAUUUUUGUUGAUAGAAUUGUUAAAGGCGAAAAAUUUGAGAAACGAAUUGAAAAAUACACCGUCCAAAAAGAGGAUUCCUCAAAAGCUUCCAACACGGGUUCUACUAGAGAAAUUAUAGCCAGACGAGUUGCUUUAGAAUUUAAAGACGGAAUGUAUGCUAAUUUGGGUAUAGGAAUUCCAGUAUUAGCUUCGAAUUACAUUCCAAAUGACAUCACAGUAUACCUCCAAUCUGAAAAUGGAAUUCUAGGAUUAGGACCUUUUCCAACUCCGGAUAAUGUUGACGCAGAUUUAAUCAAUGCUGGCAAAGACUUGGUUACUGUUAUUCCUGGAGCUUCUUAUUUUGGAAGUGAUGAUAGUUUCGCUAUGAUAAGAGGGGGACACGUUAAUUUAACAGUUUUAGGAGCGAUGGAAGUUUCAAAAUACGGUGAUUUAGCUAGUUGGAUGAUUCCGGGUAAAUUGGUAAAAGGAAUGGGUGGUGCAAUGGAUUUGGUUGCCGCACCCGGAACGAAAGUCGUUGUUUGCAUGGAACAUACAGCUAAAAACGGAAAACAUAAAAUUUUGGACAGUUGUAGCUUACCAUUGACUGGAGAAAAAUGCAUUAAUACAAUAAUUACGGAGAAAGCUGUUUUUGAUGUGGAUCCUAAAUCUGGUCUCACACUUAUCGAGAUUGCAGAAGGAAUUACCAUUGAUGAUGUCAAGACAUCUACGGGGUGUGAAUUUAAAAUUUCCAGCAAUCUAAAAUCUAUGGGACAAGUUGCUGGUUAAACAGAAAGAAUUACAUUUGAACCAAAAAAUGUUAAAUUUAAAUAAAUUAAUAAAAUAAAUUUUCUUAGAUGGCAAAA